AGGAAGGUAGGAACCAGUUACGACAAUAGCCACUUCCAUCCAAGGAGGCGGAGGUUCUCUGAGUAGAGGCCAGAAGAGGACCCACAGCAGCAGCUACCGGCAGAGACUCCAAGGACCAACCAUGUCUGCUCUGUACCCAUCUCUGGAGGACCUAAAGGUGGACCAAGUCAUCCAGGCCCAGGCCAGAGCUUCGCCCAGGAUGUCCACCCUGCCUAUCCAGGUAGCGGGUGUCUGUUCACCUUCAGUUCUGUAUCCAAACCUGGCAGAACUAGAGAGCUACAUGGGUCUUUCCCUCUCCAGCCAAGAAGUCCAGCAGAGCCUGCCUCAGAUUCCAGAAGGUGACAGUACUGCAGUCUCUGGCCAGCUCGUGGCACCAGUGUCUGGAAACAACCUCGGCAUGCGGCGUGCGGAGAUCAAGCCCGGAGUACGCGAGAUCCAUCUUUGCAAGGACGGGCGCGGCAAGAUGGGGCUUCGGCUGCGGGCCGUCGACAAGGGGAUCUUUGUGCAGCUGGUUCAGGCCAACACCCCCGCAUCCCUGGUUGGCCUGCGCUUUGGGGACCAGAUCCUGCAGAUUGAUGGGUCUGACUGUGCUGGGUGGAGCACAGACAAAGCCCACCGAGUGCUGAAGAAGGCAUCAGCAGAGAAGAUUGUCAUGGUCAUUCGGGACCGGCCAUUUCAGCGGACAAUCACGAUGCAUAAGGACAGCUUGGGCCACGUCGGCUUCUUCAUCAAGAAGGGGAAGGUUGUGUCUGUGGUCAAAGGGAGCUCUGCAGCCAGGAAUGGGCUUCUCACCAGCCACUACGUGUGUGAGGUGAAUGGGCAGAAUGUCAUCGGACUAAAGGACAAAGCAGUCAUGGAGAUUUUGGCAACGUCUGGAGAUGUCAUCACCCUGACUGUCAUUCCUGCUGUGAUCUACGAGCACAUGGUGAAAAAGUUGUCCUCGAUGCUGCUCCACCAUACCAUGGACCACUCCAUCCCAGAUGUCUGAAGCCACAGGAGCACAGCACAUACCUCUCCCCUCCUUGUAGGAAAAAGCAGUGGUCUCAGAUGACAGGUUGCAGCUGGCCUGUUGCCUGGGUUGGGUGUCUUGUGGCUAUUCCAUGCGGCAUUCCAGGUGGAUAGACAUGGGCUGGCAGGAGUCUGUCAUCUGUGGCCACAGGGCUCUUUGCAACCUCAGAUCCUGGGCUGAUUGAGGCUCAGAUGGGGCCUACAGGCCACUGACUGAAAUGCCAGGCAUGUAGGUAGGCCAGCUAAAUGCUGUUUGGCUUCAGCUGAUUCCUUUUAAAAUUUGGCCCCCACCAGGAAAACCAUUGUACAUUUUGAGACAUUCUUUGCAAGAAUGUUUUCUUUCCCUUUACUGGCUCCUUAUCACACUGUACACAGAUUAUAUAGUUAUGAUCAUUACUGCCUUCUGAAUAAAGAUUUGAUUUUAA